AUGGCUUCAGAUACCUACCGAACGGAACCAACGCUGGACCAGCUCCUGGAGCCCAGGCUCUUCUUCCCAACAACGGCCGCAUCAUUCAGUCGGGUCCUGUUCGGGUUCUUUGCAUUGCAGAUGUUCGAGAAAUUCAAAGGCAACUUAAAAUCUCUGAAUGAGCUUGCCAAAACCGCGAGAGCCGAUUACAUCCUCCACACCGGCGACUUUGGAUUUUACGACAACACCUCUCUGGAGAGAAUAGCCGACAAGUAA